AUGGCUUUUGAGAUGCGACGACAAUCGAAGCAGUGCCAUUGUAUAUACCCAUGCAUCUUUGACGCGGUAUUUGGUGCCUUAAGUAUUACUUUGAAGCUUCCGUCAGCAGCCAUGAUCACCAAAUUUUUGACUGAAGUCAAGACCGUCUUCAACCCCUUCUCGGCGAAAGCGAAGACAGCAAGAAUAUUUCUUGCAUUCCUUCCUCCCAAUGCGCGACAGACCAUGAAGGUCACCACCAAAUUGUUACCACGAGUGUCAAGGGAGCGAAGUUUUGUGCAAUUGAAAUUCAAGGAUGGGAAGGAAUUGACAUUGGAUGCUGAGAAGCUGGGGAUUAAAGGUGUCAUUGAAGAGGUGGACCGACAUUCUCGAAUAUUAUCAAGGCAGGAAGAACUGACCGGAAACUGA